AAAAAAAAAAAAAAAAAAACCAUACUUUCAAGCUGUCAUGGCUCGGUCUCUGUUUCUGCCAACAAUUCGCUCCAUUAUCAGUCACUUCUUCGCUCAAAAAACCAUCCCAUCCCUUUUACCAUCUAAACUCUCAACCUCCACCACCACCGGAAAAAACCUUUCUUUUCUCUUACCUCCCAAAACCCACAAACUCCAAGCCCCUUUGAAACCCUAUGCUGUUGUCAAUCAGAGCCCAGUCUCAAACCCCAUUUUGCUUCUCAACAAUAAAGACCAGCGCUUGCUUAGCCAAAAUGGUAUUUUGCAGAAUGACAUUUCGGGCACCACAAUUGCUGCAAUUGUCACCUCCUUAGGCGGCCCGCCUGCAGCUGUUGGGAUUGUUCGAUUGUCGGGUCCAUCUGCGGUGGAUAUUGCUUCCCGUGUGUUUAAACCAAUGAGGAAAAAGAAGAAGAAAAAUAAAAAUAAGGGUGGAGGAUUGUGUGCAUGGCAGCCUACUAGCCAUGUUGUGGAUUAUGGGGUGGUUCUCGACAAUGAAGGGAAUGUAAUAGAUGAGGUUUUGGCUUUGCCCAUGUUGGCACCAAGAUCUUACACUUGUGAAGAUGUGGUUGAGCUUCAGUGUCAUGGGAGUGAAGUAUGUCUUACUCGUGUGCUGAGAGCUUGUCUUCAAGCUGGGGCUAGGCUUGCAGAGCCAGGCGAGUUCACUCUUCGUGCAUUUCUUAAUGGACGUUUGGACCUGUCCCAAGCUGAAAAUGUUGGAAAAUUAAUUUCAGCAAAGUCUGUGGCAGCUGCAGAUUCAGCAUUAGCCGGACUACAGGGGGGCUUUGCUUCUUUGGUCAAAUUGUUAAGAACACAGUGUAUUGAGUUGCUUACAGAGAUUGAAGCUCGUUUAGACUUCGAUGAUGAGAUGCCACCGCUGGAUCUGAACCUAAUUAUGGACAGAAUUCAUGUCAUGUUGCAAAAUGUGGAGAAUGCGCUGGAGACAGCCAAUUAUGACGAGCUCCUGCAAUCUGGAUUACAGAUAGCAAUUGUUGGCCGUCCAAAUGUUGGGAAGUCAAGCCUUCUCAAUUCAUGGAGCAAAAGUGAGAGGGCAAUAGUUACAGAAAUUGCUGGAACCACCCGAGACGUUGUUGAAGCUAGUGUUACAGUUUGCGGUAUCCCUGUGACCCUACUUGAUACAGCAGGUAUCAGGGUCACUGAAGACAUAGUUGAGAAGAUUGGUGUAGAGAGAUCUGAAGCAGUUGCUAUGGGUGCUGAUGUCAUUAUUAUGACAGUAAGUGCUUUUGAUGGAUGGACUUCAGAAGAUACUGAACUUCUGAAUAAGAUUGAAUCUAACAAGAAAUCAGUUGGAUCUCCAGCACCAAUGGUCCUCGCAAUUAACAAAAUAGACACCGCUUCAUCCUUAUGCAUGGAAUGGGUUGAUAGAUACAACAAUUCUUUCGCAAAGCAUGUCUUCACUUGUGCUGUUACUGGUCAAGGAAUACAAGAUUUGGAGAUGGCAAUUUCAGAGAUUGUGGGUUUGAACAGAAUACCUGCAGGGGGGCGGAAAUGGACUGUGAACCAGAGACAAUGCGAGCAGCUUGUGCGGACCAAGGAGGCACUUGCAAGGUUGAAAUCAUCGAUAGAGGAUGAAAUGCCUCUGGACUUUUGGACAAUUGAUUUGCGUGAUGCUGCAUUGGCACUUGGUCAGAUAAGUGGAGAAGACAUCUCUGAAGAAAUCUUGUCCAACAUUUUUGGCAAAUUCUGUAUCGGCAAAUAGAUGAGACAAUAUUUUUGCUUGUACAGGCUUUCAACACAAUUAUUGUCUACUGCAACUUUCAUAUAAUGUUUCUGUAGCUCUUGUAAAAAUACUGUCUUGUAAUGUUCACGAACUGUGUUAUCUCCUU